CUCUCUCUAUGCAUGUUUAUGUUGCAGGUAUUUUCUUUUGGGUUCCUGAAUGGCAUGCCAUCAAACCAGCUGGCUCACCUCCUGCCUCACUCUGUGGAGGUUGGGGGCUGGGCUGAAGGAGCAGCAUCCUAGAGGAGAGAGGAUGCUGGUAGAUGGCAUCAGGUAGUAAGGUUUAGCAAUAGGCUGGGAGGAAUAAAGUGGCUCUAUAAAGACCAGGUGGUCCAGAGAGAAAAAAAAGAAAAAGAAGAACACUGGGUGGGGGAACCAUGUGUGAGAGCAGCAACAAAUGGUGAAGAGCAGAAGUAGCACCAUGAGAAGCAGGUGGUGUUUGUGGGCGUGAUUGUGUGUAAGAAAGAAACAGGGACUAGUGACUGAUUUUUUUUGUUUUUACGUGUAGAAAAGGGCAAAGUGUGUAUGGUGGUGUGGUUUCAGCUGCUGCUGUCAAGCAAAUGGAAAACCUCUGGGAAUUUCAGUCAUCCAAUAGGCAUGUGAAAACACAGAAAAGAAAGAUAAAAAGUGUGAAUUUCAAACAAGAGUUAGGUUUUCUCCCUUUAUUAAAAUGGAGUAUAAAUGGGUGAUGAUGAUGGGAGGGCUAUCCAUCAGGCGAUGCUCCAGCUUUUCCCUGGGGAAUUGAAUCUCACCUCUUAUCUAAAACCCCAUGUUUCUCUAUUUAUUCUCUUUGUAAUCUGGAAACAGAUUUUUUCUUGGAACUGCUUGCAGGAAGUUUUGCAACAUUUAAAAUCUGGUUGAAAAUGAAUUCCUGGAAAGAGUGAAGGAAAAUCACUUAAACAUGAAUAAAAUGACAAUUAUGGGGGAAGAGUAAAUAUGUUAAAUUUAAGUAAGAAUGUGGAACAGUAGGCUAAAUUCAUUGGAAAACACCUUCACCUAAGAUAUGAUUAGAGGUAAAGUAAAGAGUUUUCCAGAGAGGGAGAGGCGGCAUCACACGGCUCAGAGAAUUCAUCCACAUUAAUUUCCCUCUCUUACUUCUUGCCCUCCCCUUGCCUUUUUUCCUUCCUCCCCUCCGCUUUCAUCCCUUACUUGUCUCUCACUAAGGGACAGUCUAGUAGCCGGUGGUGUUUAGAAGGGACGCGAGACACAAGAGAGAAGUCAUGAAAGACGGGGAGAGAAUGAAAGGAGGUUCAAAAGAACAGAAGAUAAAAAAAUGGUUUACUCGUAAAUGGACGGCCAACGCUGGGGCCUGUUAUCCUAAGCAAGAUCCUGAGCGUGGCGGCAGUCACUUGAUCUCCACAGAUGACUUGGAGUAUCCACGAGAGUACAGGACGCUGGGGAACAGUGGCCGGCGCUUCUCCAAUGUCGGCUUGGUGCACACGUCGGAGCACCGCCACACCGUCAGCGCGGCACAAAGCCUGGAGGCCCUGACUAACCUGCACAAGGCUGACAUGGAAAGGAAGAGGGACGCCUUCAUGGAUCACCUGAAAAGUAAAUACCAACAGCAGCAGCAGCAACAGCAGCAGCAGCUGCAGCAUCCUCACCACAGCCCCCACCACAACCCCCCCUCACCCUCACCCUCCCAUGCCAGCAUGAGGGGCUCCUCAGAAAGAUCUGCUCGAGAACAGCAACAGCCCAACUACUGGAGCUUUAAGAGCCGCAGUCCACGCCAUUCCCAGUCUACCCAGUCCGGGCUCGCAGAUCAGGCUGCCAAGCUUUCCUUUGCCUCCGCCGAAUCCUUGGAGACCAUGUCAGAAGCAGACAUGCCUACCGGGUUUAACCGGAUGAACCGAUUCCGUCAGAGCCUGCCGCUGUCUCGUUCUGCCAGCCAGAAUAAGCUACGAUCUCCAGAUGAAUUUUCAGGCGUGCUUUUCCUGCAGUAUGGAGAUGAGACACGGAGGGUUCACAUCACCCACGAGCUCAGCAGCAUGGACACGCUGCACGCUCUCAUUGUGCACAUGUUCCCUCAGAAGUUGACAGCGGGAAUGCUAAAGUCACCCAACACCGCAAUACUGAUCAAAGACGAGGCACGAAACGUCUUCUACGAGCUGGAGGACGUCAGGGACAUUCAAGACCGUAGCAUCAUCAAGAUUUUCCGCAAAGAGCCCAUCUAUGCUUCUUACCCUGCAGCUGCACACCUGGCUAAUGGAGACCUGCGGAGAGAAAUGGUUUAUUCAUCUCGGGAAUCAUCCCCAACGCGCCGCCUCAACACCCUUCCUUCCUCUUCGGGAUCGGCACCCUCUGGCUCUCCAUCCCGCUCUCGCCUGUCGUACAGCGGGGGCCGAACUCCCUCCUUCUCUGGGAACCAACCCCAGCACGAACAGCCCAGACAUUCCCAUCACCCCCCAGGUGGCCACGGUGCUAACCUAGGUCUGUCUCCAUCACCCAGUGCUAUUUUGGAGCGUCGUGAUGUCAAGCCGGAUGAAGAAGUUUCUGCAAAAAAACUGGCUCUUAUGAAAAAUGAGGCACUAUACGCAGAUCCCUAUAGUUUGAUGAAUGAAGGUCGUCUCAGCAUCGCCUCCACCCAGUCUCUGGCUGCCAUUGGAGACCCUUUCAACUAUCCUGUUACCACUGGCCUAUAUCGGCGAGGGUCUGUACGCUCUCUUAGCACCUACUCUGCUGCUGCUCUUCAGGGAGACCUGGACGACUCAUUCUACAAGCCUGGAGGCUCGCUGUAUUCUGACACAUACUCCUCUGCAACCCUCGGAAUGGGAUUUCGAAUGCCGCCCUCAUCACCACAAAAAAUCCCUGACAUUCAGCUUAGGGACAGAGACUCGUAUUCUACUUCACCACGCCCCUCUCCUGUCAGGCAGAGUUUCCGGAAAGACUCUGCCUCUUCGUCUGUAUUUGUGGACAGCCCGAAAUCCAGGCCAAGCUCCAGUUCAGAGCCAGGCUUUGGUCCCGCUUUAUCUGGACAGGAUGGAGACACAAGCAGGGACCACCGCCUAGAGCGUAUGGAAGCCAUGGAGAAGCAAAUAGCCAGCCUGACUGGCCUCGUGCAGAGUGUACUGACCAGGGCACCAGACAGCGACAGCACAUGCGGCCUACUGCGUCUCUGCAUGAUGGCGGGCUGCCCUCCGGACCAAGGGACGGAGUUUUCACGCCCAUUACCUUUCUCUUCCAGCGAGAAGACCGAAACUAACAGUGACGGCUCCGCCACUGGAACUGGACGUCAGAAGAAGAAAGCAGCCAAUACACCAUCAGCACCUUUAGCACUGAUGCCACCACCGCCUUCUAACACAACCCCGGUUAACGGUGUUGGUCGCCUGCAGAUGAAGCUCCAUCUGCAUGGCCUGCAGCAAAACGCCACCGACCUACGCAAACAGCUUGGUCAGCUUCGCAAGAUACAGAUGGAGAACCAGGAUUCAGUGCGAACUCUGCUGAAACGGACUGAGGCCGAGCUGAAUGUGCGCGUCGCGGACGCCCUGAGGAAGCAGGAGGAUCCUUUGCAGAGACAGCGCCUACUAGUGGAGGAGGAAAGACUCAAGUACCUCAAUGAAGAAGAACUCAUCAUCCAGCAGCUUCACGAUCUGGAGAAAUCAGUGGAGGAGAUCCAGAAGGAAUCGUCUGUCAACCACAAGCUGGUGACGGUGCAGGAGCUGGAGGAGAAGGCUGCAGUUCUAAGAAAGCUGGGAGAAACACUCACCGAGCUGAAAAAUCAAUUCCCGAGCCUGCAGAGCAAGAUGCGGGUGGUGCUGCGGGUGGAGGUCGAAGCUGUGAAAUUCCUUAAAGAAGAGCCACACAGACUUGAUGCCCUGUUAAAACGCUGCAAGUCUAUAACCGACACCCUCGCCACAAUGCGCAAGCAAGCAAAUGAUGGGGUUUGGAAAAAGCAGGACAACUUUUCAAAUCCCUCAGCAAAGCACAAUGAUGACUUACAAAAGUUUUCAGGCUUUGACAUCCCCAGCAGCCCUCCAUUAACCAUCAAUGAUAUUGGAGGAGGUAACAGCCUGUCUAACUGGAGUCCGCACUCCAGCCUCAGCCGUGGUCUCGGAAACCCGUCCGGUUCUCACAAGGACAAUCAUCCUCCUAUUCCCCACAAAGGAAAAGCCCUUGAGGAACUGGAGCGCCGUGCUGCCGCUGACAAAGCUUUGUCAAUGGAAGUCCGACUAGCAGCAGAGCGGGACUGGGAGGAAAAGCGUGCCAGUCUUACACAGUACAGUGCUCAGGACAUCAACCGCUUGCUGGAGGAGACCCAAGCUGAACUGAUGAAGGCUAUUCCAGACCUGGACUUUGCUGCCAAGCAGAUCAAGCCCUCCUCCAACACCCCAUCGGCCCAGACCCCUCAGAGUGGGGCGACAACAACGGAGCACCGCUCUAGCAAGCCACAAAACAAGCUUUCAGCUAAAGAGGGGGGGUCCAGGCGUGGCUCUGAUGAGUUGACAGUACCACGGUAUCGCACAGAAAAACCCUCCAAGUCUCCUCCCCCUCCUCCACCUAGACGUAGUUUCCCUUCGUCUCCAGGUGUGACUUCUCGCAGUGGAGAGCCCUUAAUUCCUGGAAAAAGCAUAAAGAAAUCCGAAUCCGAAGAGAAUGACACCCAAAAGCCACACACGAAACUGAGGAGGACCAUGUCUGAAAACCCUCGUCCUGCAUCUACACCCCCCACGCUAGCCUCCGGAGAGAAGGAGCAAGGAGAGGAGGAAAAAAUUGCUGCUGAACUUGAGCUGUUUGAGAGAGCCCCAGUCAGGCUCUCUCGCCCCACUUCGCUUUUUCUCCCUGCUAGCCCACACAUCAGGAAAAUCCCUUCCCCCUCCAGGCUACACCUGUCACCUCCUGAGGCCUCUUCUGAGGGAAGGAACUUUUCUGCGAUCCCCCACAUCCUGUUGACAGAGUGUUUGCCAGACUCACUCACUGCUGCAGAAAAUCCUGUCAGAGAUUUAGCAAAUUACCCUGCACAAAAUAAUCCAACGCACAAUUCCAGGGAUCAACAUAUGGUCCAGAAAAAAGAUAUUUUAAGGGGAACGCCUACAGAAAGAAGUAAACCUGGUUCCCAACAGGACCAAGAUAUAUACCUGCUUCUCACAGACCUGGAGAUGAGAUGGGUGUUACCUCACGAAGCUCAGGAACUGAAGAAUAUAGUACAUAAAACUUUAAAUAUCUCAGCGCAGAUUGAAGAGGUUUCUGUAGCAGAGCUGGAUGAACGGCCUGUUCUAAUGCAUUUCAGAAAGGGAAAUAGUCUUAAAGAUACAUACAGACUGCUUUAUUCCCUUCUGGAGUCAUCCAAUCCAACCCCCCAAAGGAGAUUAAGAUCCUCCCAUCAAUCCCUACAGCAGCCCCCUUUCAUGGAGGCUCUAAGGAAAGGGAUUGAGACAGGGGAGGAUGUGCUAACAUUUCAACAUGCAGAUGAAGUUAGGAUGGAGCCCUGUAAUUGGGAUUUAUCCAGUCAAAGGAGAAUCACCCAGGAGCUCCGACUGAGCACCUACCAAAGACUGGACAGUUUGGAGGAGACCAUCCGAGAGCUGGAGAACACUGUAAUAGAGAUCAGUGGUCACUCUAUGACAGAAGGGCUCUACACAGAGACAGAGGUGGCCCUCAUGAGCGUUCCAGCCAAGCGGACUGGGAGUCUGAAGUCGGAGACCAAGAGGCCACCGGUUCCACCCAAACCGGCAUCAAUUCAGGGAGGGAAUAAUCCCAGCAUAGGAAAAGUUCAUUCCUCAGCUGCCUCAAAACUGAAGCAUCUGCAGCAGAACAGCACAGAGAAGACUAAAAGUGGCAAGAAGGAGGAUUUACAGAAGGCACAGAGCCUCCAACAGGCCUUGGGGAUCAACAAGGGAACCGCCGAACCAUACCUGUCUGGACUGAAAGCAAGUAUUUUUUUAGGCCGGAUGCCUUCUCCUUCUGCAGCCUUUGCACCUGGCUUGAGAAUGUCCCCCCACGAGGGGACCGCACCCUCCCUGACAGUCUCCUCCAGCCAAGCAAAAGCCCUACUGGCAAGCCUGUCAGCCUCUGGCCUGUGCACUGAAGCCCUGCUCCUGUCCUCCGCUCUGCGUCAACGCCGCCUUCUCCGGGAGCAGAAAGCAUCAUCCUCUCUUCCCAAUAGCUUGUCCUCCACCCCCACAUCCUCCUCUUCCCCCACAACCCCUACUCCAUCCCUGUCUCCCUCCUCUCCCACACCGCUCGGUAACUUUACCUUCUCCUCUAUGGUUGUCAAACCCACCAGAGGAAGAUCUGACAGCCCCCAACUGCUCAGCAGCCGUAAGGAUGGUGACAGCUCCUAAUGUAAGGAGGAGGACAUGGACAAAUACAAAUCCAAAAUUAUCUUUAUAUAGAAAAAAAUCUUUUUUUCGAGAUAUUUUCUUUCAGGAUUUCUUAUAUCCACUUUUUUUUCGUGCUGAUGUAGAAAGCAACAGACUCUGAGUUCAUCAUAAUUCUCUCAGUUUUCUUCUUGGACAAUUGUCCUUCUCUCGUCUGGUUCCACGGUCUCCCACACAGUCCCACUGCCAGAUUCCCAAACAGAAUGCACACAAACAUGCCAACCCUCCCUUUCCCACCAGCUGUCUGCUACAAGGUUAGUGUGGUCGAACACGUUCUCAUUUCAUGGGCUGUUUGUGGUAUCGUUUUCAUAUCUAGACUGUGGUUAUGAAAAUAGAGUUGCAAUAAUAGCCGAGUGAGUCGGAUAGUUCUAUAUGUUUAGGAUGAUGUUGCUCUUUCUUACCUGCCUAAUCUGAUAGAAAAGCUCUUCUCAGAAAAUAUUUACAAAAGCCAGAUGAGAUGAAUGUGGUUUGAGCUGUUUGUACAAAAAGGACACUCUUUUCUUUUUUGCAUCAGCCACAUUUUUAAACUUCCAAUCGGUGCUAUAUUUUCCCUUCAUUUGUGCACAAUAAGAGUUUACAUGAUUGUUCAUCCCCUUUGCACAUUACUCUGGGUUCUAAUUUAAUGUUGCAUUUUAAACCUUUGUAUGCAUCUCUGUAAAUGAAAACAUUGCAUCUGGUAUUGCAUUUAUGGCAUCUUUAAAGCGAAGGAAACAAGGAUAUUGCAGCAUUAUUCAUGAAAGCACACUGCAUUAAGCAGCCAUGACACUAA